AUGGCGCAUACAAUUAGGCUUCCAGAAUUACAAAUACCAAAGUUUGAUGGAAAUUAUACUGAGUGGCCUAGUUUUCAUGCCAUAUUUGAAAACUUAGUUCACAAUAACCAAGAACUAUCUGAAACAGAAAAACUACAACAUUUAUUUUCAAGCGUAAAGGGCGCAGCAUUUGACAUCAUUAGAUCGUUGAGUUUAAGUGAUGCAAACUAUGCUAAGGCUUUAGAAUUACUUAAAAAGAGAUUUGAUAAUAAACCUUUAAUUUUACAGGCACACGUCAAAGAAAUUUUGUGGGCAAGGGAUAUAUCGAAUGAAUCAUCGACAAAGUUAAGAGAGCUUAGUGAUCGAAUCAAUUUGCACAUGCGUGCUUUACAAACAUUAGGCACCAAAGAACAAAUCGCAGACAAUUUCUUGAUCCAAAUCAUCAGUGCCAAGCUCGAUUCUAAAUCAAAGGCUAAAUGGGAAGAAGAGUUGUCCGUCCAUGAUUUGCCAACGUGGGAAAUGAUGACUGACUUUUUAGAAAAAAGGUGUCGUGUAUUGGAGAAUAUGGACGGUGCUAUGGUCUCCCUAACAUCUAGCCACCAGGUAGGAAAGAAAAUUACUAAAAAAUAUAGUUAUUUGGCAGCAAAUAUGGGUACUAUCUCUUGCGUAUUUUGCGACUCAAAGGAUCACUAUAUUACAAAGUGCACACUGUUUACAAAUCUUUUCCCAACGCUUCGAUAUAAAGAAGCAAAGAAGUUGCUGUUAUGUUUAAAUUGCUUACGCAAGGGUCACGCAUUGAAUAAAUGCAAGUCUGGACACUGUCGUCAUUGUGCUUCAAAGCAUCAUUCAUUGCUUCAUAUGCAAUCUGUAUCUCCAAUUAAUUCGAAAGGCGUUGCACCUGAAAUACAUAUAGCAAAUCGGUCGGAAGAGCCAUCAAUUUUAAAAAAUACGUCGCUGCUCUCACUGUCCUCUUUAACCUCUAUUCCUAAAGCCCCAGAAUUUCCAUCUGAAAAUAGUGUGCUACUAGCUACUGCAAUCAUUCUCAUCAAAAAUUCCUCAGGAUCUUUCGUUCCAUGUAGAGCAAUUCUCGAUUCUGCGUCUCAACUCAACUUUAUAACUUCUCGUUUAGUCAAAUUGCUGCAGCUAAAUACGAAAACAACAUACACAACCAUAUCAGGCAUAGGGGAUUCUACACUUGAAACAAACAAGGUUGUUGAGCUAUUUACAAAAUCACACUCAGGCGAUUAUUCAACUUCAUGCACUGCGAUCGUUACAACAACUAUCACAGAUCCUCAACCAAACUUUAACGUAAACAUUUCAGACUGGUCAAUUCCAAACAACAUCACCUUAGCCGAUCCGAUGUUUUUCAAAUCACAGAGAAUCGAUGUGUUUCUAGGUGGCGGCUUAUUUUUUAACUUAUUGUGUAUUGGACAAAUUUGUCUGGAAAAUAAUUUUAUGCUGCAGAAGACAAGGCUGGGUUGGAUAGCAUCAGGUGGCGGUAUUAUUCCAAAAUACAAUCACUCAUUUUCGUUAGCCAUAGCUACGAAAUUAACCACUGAAUUGGAAUUUGAAAAUGAAAAAUCGUUAAAUGAAAUUGUAAAAAGGUUUUGGGAAAUAGAAAAUUGUUUUGACGCGCACUCUUCGGUAACAGAGGAAGACGCAUAUUGCGAAACCCAUUUCAAACAAAAUUUUACUCGGUUAGAUUCUGGUAAAUAUUCCGUUUUGCUUCCUAAGCACCGUAAUAUCGACUCACUCGGAGAUUCUUAUAAUCAUGCACUUCAACGAUUUCACAGUUUAGAAAGAAAGUUGCAACGUAAUGCUGAUUUAAUUAAUGUUGAUUUUAUUAAUGAGUAA